GGCUCCGGGGUCUAGGGGUGCGCUCCACCAAGUGCUACUUGGGGCACUACGUGCGUCGGAAACAGCGGCUUUUUACCGGUAACUGCGGGCCACGGGAAGAGCACAGUGUCUGUGCGGCGUGGAGAAGGGAGCCGGAAGUGGGGACGGCGCGAUCCUAUACUGUUAGUUGCACAAGUACUCCGAGCAUCAUGUCGUCCCCGGCGUCUACCCCAAGCAGCCGCCGCAGCCGCCGCGGUAGAGCCAUGCCCGCGCAGACGCCUCGGAGUGAGGAUACCAGGUCAUCUCCAUCUAGGAGACGUAGAGGCGAGGAUUCUACCUCCACGGGAGAGCUUCAGCCAUUGCCUACCUCACCUGGAGCUGACCUGCAGAGCCCUGCUGCACAGGACACAUUAUUUUCCAGCCCUCCUCAGAUACAUUCUUCAGCUAUUCCUCUUGACUUUGAUGUUAGUUCACCACUGACAUAUGGCACUCCCAGCUCUCGAGUAGAGGGAACCCCAAGGAGUGGCGUUAGGGGUACACCCCUGAGGCAGAGGCCUGACCUGGGGUCUGCACGGAAGGGCUUGCAGGUGGAUUUGCAGUCCGAUGGGCCUGCAGCAGAAGAUAUAGUAGCAAGUGAGCAGUCUCUAGGCCAAAAACUUGUGAUUUGGGGAACAGAUGUAAAUGUGGCAACAUGCAAAGAAAAUUUUCAGAGAUUUCUUCAGCAUUUUAUCGACCCUCUGGCUAAAGAAGAAGAAAAUAUUGGUAUAGAUAUUACUGAACCCCUGUACAUGCAACGACUUGGGGAGAUUAAUGUUACUGGGGAGCCAUUUUUAAAUGUAAACUGUGAACACAUAAAGUCAUUUGACAAAAAUCUAUACAGACAGCUCGUCUGCUACCCACAGGAGGUUAUCCCAACUUUUGACAUGGCCGUCAACGAGAUCUUUUUUGACCGUUAUCCUGACUCAAUCUUAGAACAUCAGAUUCAAGUAAGACCAUUCAACGCAUUGAAGACUAAGAAUAUGAGAAACCUGAAUCCAGAAGACAUUGACCAACUCAUCACCAUCAGUGGCAUGGUAAUCAGGACAUCCCAGCUGAUUCCAGAGAUGCAGGAGGCCUUCUUCCAGUGCCAGGUGUGCGCCCAUACAGCUCAGGUGGAGAUUGACCGCGGCCGCAUUGCUGAGCCCGGCGUGUGUGAGCGCUGCCACACCACCCACAGCAUGGCGCUGAUCCACAACCGUUCUGUGUUCUCCGACAAGCAGAUGAUCAAGCUUCAAGAGUCUCCUGAAGAUAUGCCUGCAGGGCAGACACCUCACACUGUCAUCCUGUUUGCUCACAACGAUCUUGUUGACAAGGUUCAACCUGGGGACAGGGUGAAUGUUACAGGCAUCUAUCGAGCUGUGCCUAUUCGAGUCAAUCCAAGAGUGAGCAAUGUGAAGUCUGUCUACAAGACGCACAUUGAUGUCAUUCAUUAUCGAAAAACGGAUGCAAAACGUCUGCAUGGCCUUGAUGAAGAAGCAGAGCAGAAACUUUUUUCAGAGAAGCGUGUGGAAUUGCUUAAGGAACUUUCCAGAAAACCAGACAUUUAUGAGCGCCUUGCUUCAGCCUUGGCACCAAGCAUUUAUGAACAUGAAGAUAUAAAGAAGGGAAUCUUGCUUCAGCUCUUUGGUGGAACAAGAAAGGAUUUUAGUCACACAGGAAGGGGCAAGUUUCGUGCAGAGAUCAACAUUUUGCUGUGUGGUGACCCUGGGACCAGCAAGUCCCAGCUGCUGCAGUAUGUGUACAACCUGGUCCCCAGGGGCCAGUACACAUCCGGAAAGGGCUCCAGUGCAGUCGGUCUCACUGCGUAUGUAAUGAAAGACCCUGAGACAAGGCAGCUUGUCCUGCAGACUGGUGCCCUUGUCCUCAGUGACAAUGGUAUCUGUUGUAUUGAUGAAUUUGACAAGAUGAAUGAAAGUACAAGAUCGGUAUUACAUGAAGUCAUGGAACAGCAGACUCUUUCUAUUGCAAAGGCUGGGAUUAUUUGUCAGCUUAAUGCACGCACCUCUAUCCUGGCAGCAGCAAAUCCUAUUGAGUCUCAAUGGAAUCCUAAAAAAACUACCAUUGAAAAUAUCCAGCUACCUCACACGUUGUUAUCAAGGUUUGAUUUGAUCUUCCUCAUGCUGGACCCUCAGGAUGAAGCCUAUGACAGGCGUCUGGCUCAUCACCUUGUUGCUCUUUACUACCAGAGUGAGGAACAAGUAGAGGAGGAGUUCAUGGACAUGGCAGUUCUAAAGGACUACAUUGCUUAUGCUCACAGCACGGUCAUGCCUCGGCUGAGCCAGGAAGCUAGCCAAGCUCUCAUCGAGGCUUAUGUAGACAUGAGAAAGAUUGGCAGUAGCCGAGGAAUGGUUUCUGCAUACCCUCGACAGCUGGAAUCUUUGAUUCGCUUAGCAGAAGCCCAUGCUAAAGUACGGUUUUCAAACAAAGUUGAAGCAAUUGAUGUCGAAGAGGCAAAACGUUUGCAUCGGGAAGCCCUAAAGCAGUCUGCCACUGACCCCCGGACUGGCAUUGUGGACAUAUCAAUUCUCACGACAGGAAUGAGUGCAACAUCUCGUAAACGGAAAGAAGAGUUAGCUGAAGCAUUGAAAAAACUUAUUUUAUCUAAAGGUAAAAUGCCAGCUCUAAAAUAUCAGCAACUUUUUGAAGAUAUUCGUGGACAAUCUGAUGUAGCGAUUACCAAAGAUAUGUUUGAAGAAGCAUUGCGCGCCUUGGCUGAUGAUGAUUUCUUGACAGUAACUGGGAAAACUGUUCGCUUACUCUGAAGUUCCUGU